AUGCAAGUGGAUUUGAAUUAUGCCAAUAAAAUCAUUAGGACAUACACUGUUGGUCCGGAUUUAUUUGACAACAUGAUGGGAAUUAGUCAGUUUGCGAGAGAAAAACAUGGGGGAUAUGUCACUUUUGGUGAUGGGAACAAAGGAAGGAUCAUGGGAAAAGGAAAGUUUUGUUUGCAAGGUCUACCUCCUCUAGGAAAUGUUCUCUAUGUUGAAGGGUCGAAGGCUAAAUUGAUAAGUGUUAGUCAAAUCUAUGAUGAAGGGUGCAUGGUUCUUCUCUCCAAGACUGAUUGUACCAUUAUUUCAACAUCUAGAACUCAUGUCUUAACAAGGAUGAGAUCUAGUGACAAUUGUUAUCUCUUGAUCACUAGUUUAAUGUGCAAUGCUACAAAGACAGAUGAUACUGAACUGUGGCACUACAAGUUAGGUCAUCUGAACUAUAAAUAUUUCAGUAAACUUGUAAAAUUGAAAGCGGUUAGAGAUGUUCCAAACUUAUCUCCUUUGAAAGACAAAGUUUGUGGUCCUUGUCAACUCGGUAAACAAGUCAAAAGUAGCCAUCUUCCUUUGAAGUUUCUGGUCACUUCCCAAGUUUUGGAACUGCUUCAUGUUGAUUUUAUGGGUCCCAUGCAUAUAGAAAUUCUUAUGGGGAAAAGAUAUGUUAUGGGAUCGUGUCUUUCUUUGCAAGCUGAAAAGGGCGAAAAGGUUAAGAAAGUGAUUCGUCUUCAAUGUGACCAUGGCAAGGAAUUUGAGAACAACAUCUUCGCUGAUUUUUGCAAUCAAGAAGGGAUAGCUCAUAAGUUCUCAGCGCCAAAAACUCCUCAGCAAAAUGGAGUUGUGGAAAGGAAAAAUAUAACUCUUCAAGAGAUGGCUCAUGUUAUGUUGAAUGCAAAUAAAGUAUCAAAGAGACUUUGGGCUAAAGUGGUGAAUACAACUUGCUACAUUAGCAAUAUGGUGCAUCUUCAUCCUGGCACUAAGCAAACCUCUUAUGAGCUAUGGAAAGACAGAACGCCAAAUUUGGUUUAUGUUCAUGUGUUUUGUUGUAAGUGCUACAUUCUUAAUGAUAGAGAAAAGCUUGAAGAAGAAGAAAUCCACACUCUUGUCGACACAUCCAUUCUGCUUGUUGCAUCACAAACUACAGAUGAACCAAGAAUUCAUCAGAAAAAGGGACCACCCACAUGGAUACCCAAAGUUCAUCCUUUAUCCUCCAUUGUUGGUAAUCCAAAUGCAGUGAUGGUGACUCAGAAGAAACUAGCCAAUGAAAUUACUAAUGCUUGUCAUCUCUCUUCAAUGGAGUCUAAAUCAGUCAAGGACGCCCUUAAAGAUGAGCACUGGAUAUAUGCCAUGCAAGAUGAGCUUCAAAAAUUUGAUAGAAAUGAAUUGUGGGCUCUUGUUCCUCGUCCUUUGGGUGCCAACAUCAUUGGUACUAAGUGGAUAUUCAGAAAUAAGACUAAUGAAGUAGGAAAUAUGGUGUGCAAUAAGGCCAGAUUAGUUGCUCAGGGGUAUACUCACAUUGAGGGAGUGGACUUUGAGGAAAUGUUUGCUCCAGUAGCUAGAUUGGAAUCUAUAAGACUUUUGUUGGUUGUGGCGUGUUACAUGAAGUUCAAGUUAUACCAAAUGAAUGCCAAGAGUGCUUUCUUGAAUGGCAUCCUUGUGGAAGAGGCUUAUGUGUCACAACCUCCUGGAUUUGAGGACCCUCAUCAUGGAGAUCAUGUCUACAAACUGAACAAGGAUUUGUAUGGGCUUAAGCAAGCUCCUCGAGCAUGGUAUGAUCGUCUCACCACCUACUUGCUUGAAAAUGGGUAUACUAGAGGUAAUGUUGAUCAAACGUUGUUUAUUAAACCUCUGAAUCCUGGUAUAGUUUGUGCCCAAAUCUAUGUAGAUGACAUAGCAUUUGGAUCCGCUUGUGAUGCACACACUCACUCCUUUGUUCAACUAAUGACUAAGGAAUUUGAAAUGGGCAUGGUUGGUGAACUAAGUUACUUUCUUGGUUUUCAAAUUAAACAACUUGGCAAUGGAAUUUUCUUGUCUCAAUCAAAAUAUGCCAAAAACAUGCUCAAAAUUUUGGUUUAG